CCAGACCUGGUAGUCUGCGGUAGCAGUCGCAGAGCGCGCCCGUGCCCAACAAGUUCCGCGAACGAACAUUGUCUUAAUUUGAAAGAAAAUGCGCUUCUCCCGUGACGCGUGAUUCGGAGGCCGCGGCGCGGGAGUUUGACACAUGUUGCAGAGGGGAAUAAGGUUCAAUUCUGCAAGGCACAACCCUGGCUAGUCCGGUGCAAAGAGCCGCUUUCCACGCCGAAAUGACUGGGCAGCGGCUUUGCUCUGCUCUGCAUUGUUGAAGUCCAUGGGCGACGGUAACCAGUCAUGCUCGUUAGUCUACAAGAGCAAUAAAAAAAUAUAUGAGAAAAAAAAGGUAUAUGUUUGGCAUGUGACAGGGAGUAAGGGAGCGCGGCAUGCGGGGUGAGCGCUCCAAGUGGGUGGCGGCCUCGCUGGCCUCACUCGCGGUGAUCCUGGCGCUCGGCCUGGCACCGCUGGGCUCGGCCGAACUCAAUGGAGGGGUUACGGAUCCAUCGAAACCCGGCCGCGUCGGCGACUGGUGCUCACUAACGGCCGACUGCAACUUUCCUGAUGCAGUUUGCGACGAGAGCCAGAAGGUUUGCACGUGCCACCCUGACGUGCCCAUCAGCAACCAUUUCGAUAAAUGUGGAAAACCGGCAAGCAUCAAUGAAUCCUGCUUGUUUAAUGAGCAGUGCGAAGACGUUGACUUCAAGACCGAGUGCAAGAAUGAACGUUGCGCUUGCAAGUUCGAGAUGGUACCGCUGGUCACCGUCGACGGAGCAGUUAUAUGUACUCCCGUAAAACCAGUUGAUGAGUCUACCAGGACCGUUGACCCCGCGAUGAUUGGAGUCCUCGUCGGCAUGGCGCUGAUGUUCGUCAUCAUUUGCGUUGUUCUUCGGCUUUUCAGCAGGGCAAGAUGGCGUGAAAACAGGACGAUCUUCAACACUCCAAAUCCUCGUCUGAUGAAUGUUUCUUUGCUCAGAGAAUCUAAGCUGUUGCACUCUCAGGACCGUCGUGGUUCUAGAGUGAGCAUGCGCCCGCCUUCUCGGCAGGCGAGCCAGCAGGAGUUAAGACCCCACUCGCCGAGUCCAGCACGACCUCAACAAAGUCAUCAGUCACACCGAAAAUCCUCAGGCUCUCAUCGUGGUUCAAGAGCAAGUAGCGGGCAUUCAGCCACGUCAUUGCGUUCAGCAACUCUGAGAUCUCCAACGACUCCUGGACCGGCCUCAGUUACAGUCCAAAUACGAGCUCCAGAUACGUAAACGUUGCUAUGAAGAUGAAACUUAAACCAUAGAAGAUAGAACAACAUAGAAACGACAUCCAAAUAAAUAUCACAGUAUUUCAGUCCAACAUUCUUUUUAUUUAUUACAUUAAUAUCGUUCAAUGUUUUAUAUUAAAUUAAGGCUUGAAUUUGUCUUUGUAGUGAAUAUAAAUUUAUGCACCGUAUGUUAUUGAAUUAUAUUGCCACUAUAAAAAGUGCCUCUAAUAUUAAUUAAUGAAAACGUUCAGAUUACCUACACGAAAUAUGAAAAUUAGUUUACUAAAGAUAGAACUUAUUUAUUCACGAUUCACAGUUCUAUAUUAUUAUAUGUCACUAUUAGAAUACGAAGCACUAUUAAAAUAAAAUAGUAUAAAGACUAGCUUGAUAAGUUUAGCUUUUUAGCAUUAGAAGGAGAGCUUUUUGGCAUUUUUUUUGUAGUUCAUUAGUUUUUCAAAUGGUCGAUUAUUAAUGAUUAAGUCUAAGCUACAAAUUAGAUUUCAUUCUAUAUCUAAAUUAAACGAAUGCUAGAUUUUGUGAUUUCCUGCCUUAGAAAUAUUAAUAGCGAAUACUAAGCUAUGUUAGAUCUAUGAUAAAAUAUUAGGGACCAUCUCCCUGGGUUCGAAAAAAAAAAAAAAGGAGAUUUUUAUGUAAUGCGGAGAAUGGGUUCUACGCCGCUUUCUAAUAUAAGACUUUCUGAAUUUAGCUUUAAUUUUAAGAGCAAAUAGCUUAUUUUGAGCGUUUCAAUACGAGAGAGGAGCUAUUAGCAAACGUCGCUAUGGAGCUCGUCUACUAUUAGAUGUUUCUUAUUUAAAAUUUUAAUGUGUAAAAUGGGGAAGUUUACACAUUUUUUGAUACUGUAAGUUAAUAAUUAUGCACUAAGUCGCUUCUUCGACGAUGUAUUUGCGAAACGCACAAAAAAAAAACAAAAGACGCAAUAUUCGACUUCGGCAUCUUCAUAUCUUUUUUUUUCUUGUUGAAGAUAUAUUCCAAUAAAUGGGGAAGAAUUGGGAAAUAUCUUCUACAGUAAACCAAAUCUUUAUAUUUGUUAUUAAUUCAAUUAGUAAUUAAUUAAUGAUAAUGAAUAUUUUACGAAAACAUAUAAUAUAAUAUUAUGCUCACGUUCAUUAUUAUAAUAAUAUUUCGGACACUGCUAGUUGUAAACAUACUGAAAAAGUUUAUGCCAUAACUAUAUAAAUUUUAUUAUAUCUUAUACUUCCAA